AUGGGUGCAAUAUGUAAUACAUACAAUCGACCACUUGAAGAUGAUUGGAGAAAACAGGCAUUGGCAGCAUCAAUCCAAGGAAACAAAAUAUUUUUCUACGAUUGUAGUUUCAUCAGUGUGCAAGAUACCUUGUUCGAUUGUUCGGGUCUACAUUACUUCAAGAAUUGCUAUAUCGAAGGAGCUGUUGAUUUCAUUUUCGGCAAUGGACAGUCAAUUUACGAGGACUGCAAUAUAAAUGUAACCGCCUGGCUUUACGGCGCGAUUCCAGGAUAUAUAACAGCACAAAAGAGAGAAUGGAUUACAGAAUCAACUGGUUUUGUGUUUAAAUCCUGUAAUAUAUAUGGGAGUGGUCCAGCAUAUCUUGGAAGAGCAUAUGGUCCUUAUUCAAGAGUUGUAUUUUAUGAAUGCCAAUUAUCAAAUAUUGUGGUUCCAGAGGGAUGGGAUGCUUGGAAUUACAAAGGCCAAGAAUACUCCAUAACUUAUGAGGAGGUGGACAACUAUGGACCUGGUUCAGAUACUUCGAUGCGUGUUCCUUGGAUAAACAAACUCAAUGCUAAUGAAGUGGAUCAGCUUGUAUCUAUGUCUUUCAUUGAUGCCGAUUCUUGGCUUGGUGGGAUACCCCAGUAG